AAAACCAACAUUAAUAAAUCAUUUUCUCUUUUUUCCAGGGUACAACUCUGUGGAAAUCCAGGAGUCUUCUGGAAAAAUGCCUAAUUCUUCUGGUGGUUUCAUUACUAUUAAUUGUUUUUGUUCUGGGAAGUCUACUCAGUGCUACUAGGAAAGACACCAAUAAUCCUCUUCAAGUUGUUCACAUAGGUGCACAGACUAAAGACAAUGGACUGUGUCUAACAGAGACGUGCGUUACUACAGCAGCUUCACUGAUAACGUCGAUAGAUAGCAAGACUGACCCGUGCGAGGAUUUCUAUCAGUACGCAUGCGGCAGCUGGGUUCAGGCCAACCCCAUACCUGAUGGCAAGUCGCUGUGGGGCACAUUCACUAAACUCGACCAACAGAAUCAGCUGGUCGUCAAGAAUGCUUUACAAAGACCAAUCGAUGACAUGAAAAGCAAAGCUGAACAGAAAGCGAAGCUGUACUAUAUGUCGUGCAUGGAUCCCAAUGACACAGUAGAGGCUCUCGGAGCUAAGCCAAUGAUAGACCUGCUGACGGAGGUGGGAGGAUGGAACAUCUCAAACACCAACUUCAGUCUGCACAACUGGAGUUUGCAAAAAAAGUUGCAAGUUCUGCAGAAUAAAUACAACAUGGGUGGCCUGUUCACGUGGGCUGUGAUGGAGGAUGAUAGGAACUCCAGUAUGUACAUAAUACAGGUUGACCAAGGGGGACUAACAUUGCCAACAAGGGAUACGUAUCUCAAUAAAACAGACAAUGAGAAAAUAUUGAAAGAAUAUCUUGAGUAUAUGACAAAGUUAGGCGUUCUAUUAGGGGGAGAAGAGAACUCGACCAGGGAACAAAUGAGGGAGGUUAUCGAGUUCGAAACUCGACUCGCAGAGAUCACAAUUCCCUCAGAUGAGAGAAGGGAUGAAGAAAAGGCCUACCAUCAAAUGUCCAUUGCUUCUUUAGAAGAUUUGGCGCCUUUUAUUUCUUGGUUAAACUACCUCUCGGAUGCUCUCCGAUUGGUUGGAAGAAAAAUAACGAGCAAGGAGAAAGUGGUCAUCUAUGCACCGCAAUACCUAGCAAAUCUGACAGAUAUUAUAAAAGAGUAUCAGAGCUCAGACAAAGGUAACAACACGCUGAACAACUACCUAGUAUGGCAGACAGUUCGUACCCUGUCGACAUGUUUGUCCAAGUCGUUCCGCGAUGCGUACAAGGGCCUGCGCAAAGCACUGGUCGGCGCAGAGGGGGGAGAGGAGCAGUGGCGCUUCUGUGUGAGCGACACCAACUCUGUGUUCGGCAUGGCCGUCGGCGCCAUGUUUGUCAGGGAGAUGUUCCACGGCGAUGCCAAGGCAAAAGCUGAAGACAUGAUCAAUGACAUAAGAACUGCCUUCAAGGAAAAUCUGAAGAGUUUGACAUGGAUGGACGAGGAGACGAAAGGGCUGGCUGAGACCAAAGCAGACGCCAUAAGUGACAUGAUAGGAUUCCCGGACUUCAUAUUGAACAACAAUCAGUUGGACGAUGAGUACAGCGAUCUAGACGUGAGGGACGACACAUAUUUCACAAACAAUCUCAAUGCAAAUCUGUACAACAUGAAGAGGAACCUACAAAAGCUGGGUCAACCAGUCAAUAAGACUAGAUGGAACAUGUCCCCUCCGACGGUGAAUGCUUACUAUACACCAACCCGGAAUCAAAUAGUGUUCCCGGCGGGAAUCCUACAGCCGCCAUUCUAUGACACAAAACAGCAGCAGUCGUUGAAUUACGGAGCCAUGGGUGUAGUCAUGGGGCACGAGCUCACUCACGCCUUCGAUGAUCAAGGUCGAGAAUAUGACAAAUUUGGAAACCUGCACCAGUGGUGGAACAACAAAACAAUAGACAAGUUCAAAAGUCAAAUAGAUUGCAUCGUGAAGCAGUACUCCAACUAUCAACUCAAUAAUAAACACCUGAAUGGAAAAAAUACUUUGGGUGAGAACAUAGCAGACAACGGUGGUCUUAAAGCGGCCUUUCGCGCCUACCAAGAUUGGGCAAGUAGAAAUAAGGAGGAGCAGCAACUUCCAGCUUUGAAUUUAACUCAUGAGCAGCUGUUUUUCCUUGGAUUUGCACAGGUUUGGUGUUCAGCGUCUACCGAAGAGGCAAUGAGUCUUCAAAUUGAGAAAGACGCGCAUGCGCCGUCGAAAUUCAGAGUAAUUGGAUCGUUAUCGAAUUCAAUUGAAUUUGCAAGAGUAUUCAAUUGUCCUCUAGGUUCCAAGAUGAAUCCCAAGGAUAAGUGCGAAGUAUGGUAGAUUGUUCAAAUUAGAGCCACAUUUAUGCGGUGAAAUAUUUGUUCAAAGAUUUUUUUCCAAAGAUUCGAAUCUCUACUCCUGUGUCGGACUAUCAAAUAGUUGAUGAAAGAUGACAUAUUUCACCUCAUCAAAGAUUGUUGGCCAAAUAUUUGACCGUGUAAUGGGGCUCUUUAUUAUACUGAGUGUCCCCCAAAAUGUGACUGAUGAAGUAUCACCACAGUUUAAUAUAAGCUUAAACGAACGAAAAUUCAAAACUGUCCUUUGAAACCAGUCUUUGAAAUUUUCCCACAAUCCGCUAUACAUUUUUUUCUUGAUAAAAUAAUUCAUAUUCCGUGAAUUAAUCAACUGGAGGUUGCAAUUUUUGUAAAAUUUCCCGGUAAAUCCAAUGGAACAGAAAUAGUUUUUUUUUUUGCUUCAAUAGCCCUAGAGACAUUUCACAAAAUUGUCUACCGGUAUGUUGGAAAUAGUGAUUCCUGGUUUCAAAAGUUAGAUGGGGUGAAUAUGAUUGAGAGAUAAUCGAUUAUUGAAAAUCAUUUCUUUAAUAUGUGAAUAUUUCCUAUUUUAGUGAUAAUAAUGUGAAAUUUUUCUUCUAUGUUUGGUUUUGAAGCAUCGAAAUUCAAAAAUCCACUUUGUGAAAAUAUUUAAGAACUGGAAAUUUUGUGAAGUGAACUCCUACAAGUGAACUCCUAUUUUGGACUAUGAGACUACUCAAGUCCUAUUUCGGACUAUGAGACUACUCAAGUCCUAUUUCGGACUAUGGGACUACUCAAGUCCUAUUUUGGACUAUGAGACUACUCAAGUCCUAUUUCGGACUUUGUGUAACCUUAUCUAAAUUUGGGAGAGGAAUAGCACAAGGCUACCUUAUUUUUUCUCUCCCUAUCAUUCUUGAUGAUGUACUUGUUGCAUGAAUCAAUGAAGAAUAAAGAAUAUCUAAAGAAUAAACAUAUGUAGGCCUAUAUGUAUGUAGAGAGUACAUACAUAUAUAUUCGAUAUACUCAAUUAUAAUAAUAUAACACCAUAUAUAGAGUAAAGAUACUGUUGAAUCAAGUUAAUUAUUGAAUAAUUACUUGUCUUUGAUUACACUAUACAAAGUUCAUCUUUGAAGAAAACAUGGUCCAUAUUAUAGUCCAGAAUCCACCCAAAAAGUCAAACGUUAUUGAAGUUGAAAAGUAGUAUGAACUUUAUCAUCUAAUCGGUAUGUUUUAUAUAGUGAUAUCAGAGUAUGAAGGAAUUUCUUUUCUUUCCAUAUUAUCCUUAAAAUGCAAAAUUUCAAAAAAAGCUUGUGUAUACAUCGAUCGACGCGCAGUUGAAAAAGGAAAAAUCCUGCCAAAUCUUAUGGAAUUCUAUCAACACCGGCCGUAAUCGCGUUACUUACGGACAGACAAAAGAAAAUCUGAGUUAAAACAUAGACCUCACUACGUUCGGUCAAUAAUACAGUCUUGAAUUAUUUUUAUUUGAUUAUGAAAAACUAACAGCCGUCCAAAAUGCACCCAAGAAUUUGAUAUUCUACUGAUUUUCAGUUAAUCCUCUAGUUUUACAAAGUAUGGUAUUCUGAAAAUCAUGAUUACUGAACUUACUAGAGCACCGUGUGUGGUGGUAAUGAGUCACAUUUUGAUGGGACACUCUUUUGGAUGUGUGCUAUUUCUAUUACUUACCUGAUCAAUUUUUUUAGAAUGUUUUAAAAUUUUAAUCAACGAGAAAAUGUGUGCUAGGUUACCAUUUGUAUUUUGAAUUUUUGAUCGUCAUUUUCAUAUUAAUUUACAACAAAUAAUGUUUAAUACAUAUCCGUUUUCCAUCAUCAUGCCGACGAACGAGAUAGUAUCUCGAAAAAUGACCAAAUUGUAGUAUUUUUAUUGUUUGAAUCGCAAAGCAAUGAAUGUCUAUUAUGAAAAUUUAAUAAUUAUGAUCAUAAUUAUCACCAUGAACAAAUUUUUGUUUGGAAAAACGUUGAAAUUCUAUUGCCAUGAACAAAAAAUAAUAUUAGUUGGAAAAAUAAAUUUAUAUUGUCUUGAACAAAAUUUUAUAUUAGUUGAUAACAUGUAUAAUUAUUAUAGUUUAGUGCCUUUAGAUAUCAAGCUGCUUCAGCAUUACCUCAUUUUUCAGAGUAUUAAAGCUUAAUCCAAAGCUCUUGAAAAAUUUACCUACCAAACUCAAAUUAUUGUAGAUAGCUUUUGGGAAAGAAAUUGUGAAUAUUGAAACCAAAGAAUAGUUUACAAAGAUGAUGUUUGUGAUACCGGUAUAUUUGUUAAUCAUUAUCAUUGAAAACGUCAUUACUAUUUUGAGAAUGAGGUAUCAUUUAGUUAGAUUAAAACUGAAUGCAAACUGAAACCUAUUAAAAUGUCAACUACAGAAUGAAAUUUUAUUCUAGAGUACAGCAUUUGCCUAUAAUCUACUGGAUUAUGAACAGUAGUAUAGUUGAAUACUCAGGCUACCCCAACGCUUUAAAGGCACACUGGGGAGAGGCAAAGAAGAAGAAGACGAAGAAGAAGAAGAAGAAGAAGAAGAAGAAGAAGAAGAGAAGAAGAAGAAGAAAAAAGAAAAAGAAGAAGGAAAAAGAAGAAGAAGAAGUAAAGUUGAUUAUUUGCAGCCAGAUUUAAUGGCUAAACUAAUUGCAAUUUUCUUAGAUGAUUUGUACUCUUUCUUGUAAAAAAAUAGCCUAGCAGUAGGCUAGGCUGCCGUAUCAUCGAAUAAAUCCUGAACAAGUUAUUUAAAAGUUUUAUUACAAUGAAGAGGUCCUUAUGUGCCCUAUGCAUUUGAUGAAAUAACCUUAUUCGUUAGACCUAUUGUCGAUAAAUAUU